GUUCUCUACAAAAGAAAGCCGGUGACGAUGGCUCCGGCACCUGCCAAACUCGACAACAACACCGAGGUUCGCAUAUCUGCCCUGGUCUAUCUGUAUCCACCUCCGACUUACUCUUCUACANNGGUCUGGGUCAUGCCCAAAUCAGGCGAAGUCUUUACAGACUACGAAUCCUAUCUGUCUCGCUUCGAGUUCUACAACCGAAAAAAGUUUACAGACGCCGUCAAUGGCAAGUCCGGCUUGACCUUCUUCGCCGCCAUCGAUUCAGAGGUAUGCAACCUCCUGGCUGUACACAUGUCCGACUCUCACACAAUACAGAACAACAGUUCCAGCGACAUUGAAAAGAUCUUCCCUGAGGCUCUUCGCGACCCCAUCCUGAGAAAGGUCCAGUUCUCAGACAUCUCCCGCAUAGAUGAGCUGGUGUCUUUCGUGUUUGAGGUACGUAUUGUUCCCUCGUCUCUCACAUUUCAGGUACUGAUUCGUGCANNGGAAUUUCGCAGCGAGUUCUUCCCUGGUGAGGAAGUGAGCGUCUCUCUCGAUAACGGCGACCAGUUCGAGGGCGUGAUCCGCGAAAAGGCCAAGUUCCCGCAACUUCUCAACCCUGACGGCUCUAUCCAACGCGCUGCCUUCUCCCGCUACUUUGUUAAGCUCAACGACGAACGUGGUGAGGAAGCCCUUCUGGACGACAAGCACAUCAAGAGAAAUCGCAAACUCUUUACCAAGCAAAACCUGAGAUCCUUCUUGAAGAGCUCGAUACAACGCGACAUGUUUACUGGUGCACCUUGGCUGGUCAAGGAGCAUCUCGCAAGGCAAUACAGACUGCCCAUGGAAAUUCCUUCCCAUCUUGCUCAACGCAUGCAAGCUUCACCUCAACCUGGUAUGCCUCGCCAACCACAAGGCACUUCGAUAUUCAACAAAGUCAACGGUCGCAAAGGAAAGAACCUCACCAUCGGAGACUUUGAGCAAGACGGUUCACUACAGGGCUACACAACACCACCACUCAAUGGCUCCAGAUUUCCUGGAUAUCAAGCAGCCGCAGUCAAGACGGAGCCUCAGAAGCUUGCUCCCGCACCCAUCAAAUACCCCAUCGAAGAUUUGGAUGUUCCUGCAAGGAAGAAUGAUCUCGUUCGUCCUGACUUGAAGUUCAUCACAUCGCAAAACCCUGGUGAGGGCGAGAUUCGUAUGGAAUAUGUCGGACCCUUGCUGGAGAUUUGGAACACUCUCAAUGUACACUCCGAGGUACUCAUUCUGGAUGCUUUUACAUUCGACGACUUCGUGGAAGCGAUCAAGUUCACCUCUGAUGAGGUCACUUGCGAGCUGCUUGAAGAGGCACAUUGUGCAGUGCUCAAGACAAUUGUCAACGAGGAGGGCACACUCCAAGUUACUCUGCCAGACAUGGUCGAGGAGGAGUCGUCUGACGAAGAAAUCGAUGAAAGCGAGCCAGCCACGCCCAUCUUGGACGCACCUGCACACGCAACUAGAAGCCGCAUGAGCAACAUCAGCAACGUCGCAGCAGAAGAGACAAAUGGCAGAUCUAGCAGAACCCCCGCCGAAGGUCGUCACCGUCCGCAUCGUACUCCCGAGCUGUUAGCAAGCUACGGUUGGGUUGAACGUCUAAAGGCUCGUGAUUUUGCUAAUGGAGGCUGGCAAUCAAUCAUGGCAGGCCUGCUACAUCAAUUGUCACUGAAUCCUCGCCAGAAGUCAGAAUGCGACAAGGUAUUGUCUAAACUCGUGCCAUUGGACGAAGAUCCAAGCCUGGAGAGUGUCAGAAUCAACUACGUUCGCCUUGACAUCAACCUUCGAAUUUCUGCAUUGCAGCUCAUCACCUUGCUAUGUGUUAGCACCAAGACUGUCAGAGGAUACCUCGAGGAAAUGAGCGAGGAACAAACCAAGAUUCGCAAGGAAAAGCUUGAGCAUCAAAAAUCGAAGAAAGAAAGUGUUGCAAAACUGGGCGACCUUGAAACUCAGAAAAAAAUCUUGCUCCCGGACAACCUCCCGGACUCACCCAAGGAGGAGCACCCUGAUCCUAUGGAUAUCAGUAUGAGUCAUGUUGAUGAGACCAUGGACACGGUGGAUCUCGCCACCUCGGAUGCGGAAGAAGAAGGUGGCCGUUCUCUCCGACGUGGUAACGAGCGAAAGCGCAAGCGUGACGAAGACGCAGCUCGACGCGAAAAGCAGCGCGAAGAGAAGAAAGCAAAGACCAACCCCAGACAGUCCAAGGAGUUCACCAAGCUCCUGAAGGAUAUCGACAAGCUCAAGGUUGAGAUCUCGAAACGCGAGAAGGAGAUCGCAAUUUGCGAUGAACAACUCCGCGAGGCUAAUUGUCAGCGUACCAAAGUACUUGGAAGAGAUAGAUUCUGGAAUCGCUACUAUUGGUUUGAACGCAACGGCAUGCCUGUCACUGGACUCACUGAUGGUAGCACUGGCAGCUAUGGUUAUGCCAACGCGCGUAUCUGGGUACAGGGACCUGAUGAGAUGGAGCGCUUGGGCUUUAUCGACUUGCCUGAAGAUCUGCAAAGCACUUACACCCAAGACCAUGGACUCUCUGUUCCUGAUCGCAAAGCCAAGGAAGAAGGCCUCACCAGUCUGCGAACAGCCAGCGAGUGGGGAUACUACGACGAUCCGGAGACCAUUGCCUUGCUGUUGAACUGGUUUGACGACCGCGGUGUCAGAGAAAAGGCAUUGCGCAAGGAGAUGACUGCUUGGCAAGAGCCCAUCACUGGUCAGAUGCGUACUCUGAAGACACAUCUGGAUAGCAUCAACCAGGAGGACGUGGACGACGAGCCCGUCACUCGUGUGUCGACUAGGAAGAAGACCUACGUUGAUAUCGAAGCGUCCAGUCAACGUUGUCUCAGAUGGAGAAACUUGACAGCUAUGGACAAGAACGGCCAUCUGCAUUCUGAGCAGCCUAAACCCAAGGAGAAGAAGGGCAGGAAGGAAGCCAAGGGCGUCGCCAAAGUUGUCGCAAAGGGUAAACCCACCACGAGACAAGGAACGAAGUACGGCAAAUAG